AUGGAAGAUGUUACCAGUUGGCUAGAAAGUAGAGGUAUUACGGAGAAGUUGACUACCAAUUUUUACAAGACUUUGAAGCGGUUUGCGGAGCGCAAUAAGGGUGACAAGUUUCGCAAAUCGUGUGUUUCCCUGGGUAAAUUCAAAGGGCAAGAUAAUCAUUUUUUCGAUGAAUUGAAGCAAUUAUUAUUGGAAGGUGCUGGUAGUACUGAUACUCUAGCCAAUACUGGAUUUGUGGCCAAGGAUUCGUCAUUGAAUGUGAUGAAACGGUCGAGAAAUGAUGAAGCCCCAGAUGAUGAGGAAGAUUUACAACUACAUACGCCAGUAAUACAGAAAGAUGUUCUAUUAAGAAACUCAUACAACAAUAACGAUGCUACAUCCUGUUCAUUUAGGCCUAUAGAAGAAAAAGGUGAAGGGCAAGUUACUGGAGAGGAGGAUGGCGAUGAGGAGGACCAGGAGGACCAGGAAGUCUUGAGUUCGGCUAUAUCAGAAGUUAGUGAGGAUGAAGAUAUGCAGUGGUAUAACUAUGAUGACGAUUACGGUAACACAGUAGUAGAUGAAGAUGCGUUAUUCAAUGUGCAAACGGGAAAUAUAUCUGUUACUAGUGAAACACCAAGGGAAACCAUUAACUCUUUAGUUGAUUUAACUCCGUUUUCGGUUUCUACUAGAAAAAAUUGGUUACCAUAUUUUCUUAAUAAGUGCUCUGAACAAUACGAUCUCGAUAGUAGCGUUUUGUUGGGAUCCUUUUCUGAAAGUUCUCAUGACGGUUUAGUGAACCCAUUUAAAAAUCCAGAAGGUCAGUUUGCAUUAAAUGCUAGGAAAGGUAGCCGCUCUGUAGCCAUGAAAAGGAAUCAGAAUGAUAGUGCAGAAAAAGCAAAGGAGUCUACAAAUUUAUCAGGUACUAGCCUUGGUGAAGCACUUGGUCUAAAUAAAGAUAGCAAUAUUCUUGAUAAUAGUAGGAAAACUAAUAAGAAUAUUGAUAAACAGACUGCCACAGAAGAUGUUGAUAAAACAAGAAAAAGCUUACCCAUAUACAAAGCUAGGGCGAAUGUGUUGCAGAUGAUUAGAGAUAAUCAGGUUAGUAUAUUGAUUGGUGAAACAGGGUCGGGGAAAACCACGCAAUUGGCACAGUAUUUAUACGAAGAUGGAUAUACCAGAGAUGGUGGUUUAAUAGCAUGUACACAGCCUAGAAGAGUUGCAGCUAUGUCAGUUGCUAAGCGUGUGGCACAAGAGAUGGAUAAGAAAGUUGGAGACCUUGUCGGUUACUCGAUUCGUUUCGAAGAUAAAACUGGUCCUAGCACCAAAAUUAAAUUUAUGACAGAUGGUAUUUUAUUAAGAGAAACAUUGAUAGAUGAGAACUUAGAAAAAUAUAAAGUAAUAAUUAUUGAUGAAGCACACGAGAGAUCUUUAAACACAGAUGUUUUAUUAGGUCUUCUAAAAAAUUUGGUUAAAAGAAGACGUGAUAUAAAAAUCAUAAUUACAUCGGCAACGCUUGACGCCAACAAGUUUUCUCAAUUCUUUGGAGGUCUUCCGCAAUAUAAAGUACCAGGUAAAACUUAUCCAGUACAGGUGAUGCAUACAAGUGGUACUGUGCCAGAUUACGUCGAAGCAGCUGUAUCUCAAGCGGUGCGGAUUCAUUUAACCACAGCCAUCCAAAGUGGGGAUAUUUUAAUUUUCAUGACAGGUCAAGAAGAUAUUUUAUGUUGUAUUGAACUAAUAAAAGAGAGAAUUGUUGAUCUGUAUGGUAAGAAGUAUGGUAUCAACACAUUUGAUAAGGUUGAUGAUGUUGAAUUGUUUCCGAUAUAUUCAGCUCUACCUGCUGAAAUACAGAACCGUAUAUUUUUGGAUUUAGAUAUUGGUAAGAGGAAAAUAGUGGUCAGUACUAACAUUGCAGAAACAUCACUGACAAUAUCAGGUAUACGUUACGUCAUUGAUUGUGGAUACUCAAAGCUAAAAGUUUACAAUCCCAAAAUUGGUCUUGAUAGUUUGGCGAUUGCCCCCAUUUCGAUAGCGAAUGCCAAUCAAAGGUCUGGGAGAGCAGGUCGUACUGCUCCGGGUAUAGCUUAUCGACUCUAUUCUGAAGAGACGGAGUUGACUGAUAUGUAUCAACAAACCAUACCUGAAAUAAAAAGGACCAACUUGUCAAACAUUGUUCUUACAUUAAAAUCGUUAGGGAUUAAGAACGUUGUUGAUUUCCCUUUUCUUGAUCCACCAUCUAUCGAAACACUGAUGGCAUCUAUGUAUGAACUGUGGUUUCUUGGUGUGUUAAACGAUGACGGCGAAUUAAAUGCUUUGGGUAAAAAAAUGGUAAAUUUUCCACUUCAACCAACUCUAUCUAAAGUUUUGAUCCAAUCUAUCUCUUUCGGAUGUAGUAAAGAGGUAGUUACAAUUGUUGCAAUGUUAUCUGUACCACAAGUAUUUGAGAGACCAAAAGAGCGCCAAAAAGAGGCAGAUGAAGCAAGAAAGAGAUUUUUUAUUUCUGAAUCCGACCAUUUGACUUUGAUGAAUGUUUAUGACCAAUGGAAGAGUGCCAAGUAUUCUCCCAAGUGGUGUAAAAAAAACUUCGUGUUGUACAAAUCCCUGAUCAGAGCUAGGGAAAUUCGCACACAAAUAGUUAGCUUGCUGAAACAACAGAAGCACAAACUAAAAUCUGCGGGAUCUGAUUUAUCUAUUAUUAGAAAAUGUAUAUGCUCAGGAUUUGCUCAGCAAGCAGCAAAAGCUUCUGGAUUGACUAAAUAUGUUCAUUUGAGGACGGGGAUGGAAUUGCGUGUGCAUCCAACUUCCUCUCUUUAUGGUCUUCCAAAUUUACCACCAUACGUUAUUUAUCAUGAGAUGUUAUUGACAGAGCAGGAGUAUAUUUGUUGCGUAACCUCUGUCGACCCAUUAUGGCUAGCUGAUUAUGGGUCACUGCUUUAUGAUGUUCAGCUUCUGAAAUCAAUAACGAAUGAUAAUCUGCUACUUGAUGAUGUUAGUAGCAGAGAUGAUUAUGAUUUUACUGAAAUUAAAAAAGCUGAGGCAAAAGUUAGCUAUAUAGUGUCCGAAAGAAUGCAACGGAUUAAGCAAAUAAAACAGGUUUAUUCAGAUCAGGAUGCCUUCCAAGUGAAAAACCAACCAAUUAAGAGUGUUAUCUCUAAAGGUAAUUCUAAAAGCUUGUUCAAACGGAGACGUCCACUUUGA